AUGAAGAAAGAGAGAGAGAAGAAGAGUGUUACUGUAAAUAAGCAGCAGCAGAAGAAGAUUGAGAGAAAUAUUGAGAAGACAGCUCUGCUCUCUGAGCAUGUCAAUCUACUUACUGCUGAGGUGAAACCUGAGACAGCAGAUCAGAAAAUGCGGGAUUUUAAGAUACAGAUUGACCUGACUGAGAGAGAGCAGCAGAAACCCUUCUCUGAGAAGACAGUGAAGAGAGAUUUUGAGAUGAUUAUCAUCUCAGAUGAGAAGAAGAAGAAGAAGAAGAAGAAGAAUAAGUAA